GCUGUGAUUAGCUCUCGCGGCGCGAGUGGGGAGGCGGACUCUCCCUUAACCCCCUCUGUCUCCCCCUCCCUCUUCCUUUUUAAAGGACGCGGUGGAGGCAGAACUGUCAGCAACCAGGAAGCCGUUUGUACUUGGCCGCGGUCAGGCUGACUCCUGCUCCCCUGACAGACAAGGGCGGGGGCUGAGGGGCCGCCCGUGCCGGGGACCCGCACGUGGGCAUCUCACAUUCUCCUGUCUUCCCGCUCCGCGGCGGACGCGGCGAACGACGCAGGACCAAGCGCUGCGCGACCGGAGAGUUGCCAGCUCCGGGCGCGAUGGCUCCCGUGAGGAGUGGGGGGGGAGGUGGCCGAAGGCUGAGCACUCCCCUCGCGACCCGAGCGUUAUGAGUCGGGCAGAGGGCGGCACCAGCAGCCCCAGCCGCAGCCUCUGCCGGCGCCUUCCGCGGGCGCUCGCCAACUUGCCCCCGCGCGCCAUGCCGACCCCCGGCCUGCGGAGCUCACAGCGCAGCCCUUGCCGGCUCCUUGGCCCCCGCUAACCCUCGCGGGAGUGGCCUCGGCCGCCGGGACAGCAGCCCAGGCCGCGCCUCGGGGGAGGCGGAACCGCGGAGCGCCGGGAGCCUUGGCUCAGCCCUUAGCCCUCCAGCCGCGUCAACCUCCUGGCCGCCCAGGGCGCCUACGGCGAUGGGGGCGCUGCUGGCGCUCUGCCUCCUCCUGGGCUGGCUGCGCGGGGGCCCGGUGGGCGCCCAACAGUCCGGAGAGUACUGCCACGGCUGGGUGGACGUGCAGGGCAACUAUCACGAGGGCUUCCAGUGCCCGGAGGACUUCGACACGCUGGACGCCACCAUCUGCUGCGGCUCCUGCGCGCUGCGCUACUGCUGCGCGGCGGCCGACGCCAGGCUGGAGCAGGGCGGCUGCACCAAUGACCGCGGCGAGCUGGAGCACCCCGGCAUCACAGCGCAGCCUGUCUACGUUCCCUUUCUGAUCGUUGGCUCCAUCUUCAUUGCCUUCAUCAUCCUGGGCUCUUUAGUGGCUAUUUACUGCUGCACCUGCCUGAGACCCAAGGAGCCCUCGCAGCAGCCCAUCCGCUUCUCUCUGCGAAGCUAUCAGACGGAGACCCUGCCCAUGAUCUUGACCUCCACGAGCCUCAGGGCACCUUCCAGGCAGUCCAGCACAGCCACCAGCUCCAGCUCCACAGGGGGCUCCAUCCGAAGGUUCUCCUUCGCCAGGGCCGAGCCAGGCUGCCUGGUGCCCUCCCCGCCCCCGCCUUAUACCACAGGCCACCCGAUCCACCUGACCCAGCCAUCCGGUUUCCUGGUGUCACCCCAGUACUUUGCUUAUCCGCUCCAGCAGGAGCCCCCACUGCCCGGGAAGAGCUGUCCAGACUUCAGUUCCAGCUGACAGACCAUGGUCACAAAUCCACCACGUAGUGCAACGGCUGACCGGUGGAUCACUACUGCCACUGCCACCAGGGUUUCUGAGGAAUGUUCUCUUGAACCCAGCAACAUCAUGAAGGAAAGUGUAAGGAAGCUACCGCGCCUUCUGGUCUGGAGGGUCCCGGCUCCGGUCACAGGAGGGCUGUGCUAGAGAAUUGCUUUCUGGCUUUGAAGACAUGGUGACUAUUAUAUUUCAAUUUAUGCUACUUUUAUUCACAAUGUGCAGCAGUCCGACUUUCAAGUUACAGAUUUGGCUGAAGGUGUUUUAUUGGACAACUCAACUUAGCAAAGGAUGACAUGUUCUUUUUUUCAUUAUAAGUGGUUUAGUGAGCGAUAACACAAAUGUAUACAUAAAUAAGCAAAGAUUGUAAUUAUCGAAGGGUCACUAAAAUAGUUAACAGCUAAGUAAACGGAGGGGACAGGAACAACCUGUUUACGAUUCGGGGAGCAAUUUAACCGUGAAUAAUAUUAGCAUCAUGAGAACAGUUACUUUUUAAAUUAAUAACUAAAUUUUGUGUAAAAUAUAAGAGCUUUUUCAGAAUAGGAGAUUUCAAUGACCACACGAGGGGUUUAGCAUUUUAUUUUAUUUUUUUGUC